AUGAAUAAACACUUUAUCCGUUCGUUUUCUCAAAGCGGUGUGGUCUUAAGACCUGGUUAUUCUACUGUAAAUCCAGUACAUCAUUUGGUUAAAGUUGAGAAAUCUAAAUUAAGGCCAGGAUUGAAAGAACUAUUACUUCCAAAAGAUGAUAUCAGAUCAGUCAAAUUCAAACCAACUGAAAUUUCACAAGAUAGAGUCAACGAGUAUUAUCAAAAUGCCUUGCAAUCUGAUUUAUUAUUGCAUUUAUACGAGCAUGAUGCCGAGCCAAUAAUUGGGAAUAAGAAGCGUUCUUGGGGAACUGAUACACCUUUUAAAUUGUACCGUCCAUUGCGAAAACCAGUUGGAAGUACAAGACCAACGAAAAAUAUUUAUCCAAUAAACAACAAGAAUGUUCCUAAAUUAGAAAGUAUUGUUGUUCAAUCAUAUAAUAAAAAUGCAUUGGAAUCGCCCUGGUUGAAUAUCACCACCAGAUUGCAACUUGCGACUAUUACCAAUGUUAAACCAAAGAUUCUUUAUGGUAAAUCAAAUAUUUUACCAUGGAAAGUGAGAGUAGGAAGAGCAUGUGGUGCCAAGAUUGAAUUAUUUGAUAGAGACAUGAGUCAAUUUAUUAGCACUUUGACCGAAUUAGUGUUACCAAGAAUUAGAGCAUUUAAGGGUAUCCCAAGAACUUCGGGUGAUAAGAAUGGUAAUAUAUCUAUGGGAUUGACUCCAGAAGAUUGUCAAUUUUUCCCCGAAUUGGAACAUUUCCAAGAAUUAUUCCCUAACUUGAAUGGUUUACAAAUUACUUUUAAAACUACCGCACAAACUGACAACCACGCCAAAACCUUGCUUAGUUGUUAUGGUUUCCCAUUUUCUAAGAAUUAA